CCAGUGAAGGAGAUAAAAUUUGUGUGUCCACCUGCAAAACCAAGCCAGUACAACUUUGCAGUCUUGCGGAACAGAGUGGACAGACAUGUGUCUCGCUGAACUCAACUUCGAAUUUGAUUCUGAGUGGAGGAACAGAUUGUGCUGUUAAUAUGUGGGACUUAAAGACCAGUAAACUGCAGAAAUCUUACGAGGGUCACAAGGAUAUUGUGACUUGUCUCACCAAUGAUUGUGAUGACCAAUGGAUUCUCUCAGGGUCUCGGAGUGGCGAGAUUGUUCUUCACAGCAUGCAUACAGAUGAGGCUGCCAUGAAGCUUUGUUGUCAAAGUCAGCAGCCUCUCCGGGAUCUGCAGGUUUCUAGCCUCCAAAAGUCUCUUCUGGGAAGUGUUGGAAAUGAUGGCACAGUUGUAUUAUGGGAUCUGAACUCUCUGCAACUGCAGCACAGCUUCAAGAGUGUCCACAAAGCCCCUGCAACAGCACUGUGUUUCUCGCCAGUGAUCGAGUCUUUAAUUGUUACAGUUGGUCUGGAUAAGCGAAUUUCAGCCAUCGAUACUCGUUGCAAAUUAAUAUUGCACAGCAUUCGAGCAGAAUCUCCACUAACUGCAGUUGAGCUACUGCCAGAUGGGACCACACUGAUGAUUGGAUCUUCUCAAGGAAAGGUCAGCCUAUACGACUUCAGAAACAUGGAAUUUCCUGUAAAAUCUUCAAAGGCACACAGGAGUGCUGUACGGUGUAUUAAACUUCAGACAAUGAAGGGAAAGCUACAGAAACAGGCUGCUUGGCCCACUGCUUGGAAUAAUAGGAAAGAAGAAGCCUACAGUGUAUCUGUGGCAACUGAUGUUAGUAGCAAAAGUGUCACUUCAGACCCUAGAGACUCAUAUUCUUUGCAGGUUAGCAGUUUCACUGCAAGCAAACCUUCGCAGUAUAGAAAAGUGAUGUUUCUUGCAACAAACAGCUUUGGGGAAAUCUUUUCACCCAUCAGAUCAGAUGUGAGCUAUACUAAUAUUUCAACCAUCGAUGAGUUCUCCUGGACCUCUGCCUGCCAUGCCUUGAGCUGCUCUCCUCUUCCUGAAAGUGAAUCGAAUAUUAUGACGCUUGGAGAUCACUCAACAUUAGCUGUGAGGCCUGCAACUGAAACACUGGAGCUGUUCCGUGAAGCUACCUGUUUAACAGCAAAGAAAUUUGACCAAGCACAGAAUCUACACUACUGUACUUCAGCACAGGAAUUGAUUGAACAAGAAACCAAUUCCAGGACUGUAGCCAAACCCCUGAGUCAUACUUCUACCUUACUUGAAGAGGGGAAAGAAGAACAUACAACUCCUUUGGUUAUAGUGCGGUUACUGGAAAACAUAUUAAAAGAUGCCCUGGAGGAGUUCAGGUUUGUUAAUCAUGUGUAG